AUGGAGUACAUGGGAAGCAAUAUAACAUACAACAAAGACAUAUACAGUGAGUUUAAGUACUACUGUGAACAGCAUGAGAUUGAAGUAAUGAGUAAAGGAGACUUUGAAACGCUUAUGAAAGACAGUAAGGAGGUCGUUCAUGAGAACAGUAUUGAAAUAGUUCAUGAGAACAGUGAGGAGGUCAUACAUGAAUGCAAUGAUGAAAUAGUUCACGAUGUCGUUCGUGAAGAAGCCAUUGCAACAAAGAAUGAUAAAAGGAUUUCAUAG